AUGAUCGAGAAAGGUCAGUUGGAGUCGCCCACGGCUGCCGACUACCCCGAUGAUCAGGAUGACAUUCCAAUCCCCUGCAAGGGGUGUGGUGAGAUUCUCGAGGAAGGAAAAGCCUUUGAACUAGCUGGCAAUCGCUGGCAUAUCGACUGCUUUCGUUGCCAUACCUGCGGCACUUACCUCGAUUCUGACGCGAAUCUUCUUCUUCUCGGCGACGGAUCCCUCAUUUGCAAUAAUUGUACCUACAGCUGCAACUCCUGUGGCAGUAAAAUUGAAGAUCUUGCCAUUCUUACAGGAGAUCAGGCCUUUUGUGCCAACUGCUUCAAAUGCCGCAACUGCAAGCGAACAAUCGAAAACCUUCGCUACGCGCGAACCUCUCAGGGAAUCUUUUGCAUGGACUGCCAUGAAUCCUUAAUGGCUAGACGCCGAAAGCGCACCACAAAGAAGACCACGCAGCGUCAGAAGCCUCAAAGCUCUGCGAUGCACCUGGAUAAAUCCUUACCAUCACUUCCCUCGGAGCACGAAACCCCAACCUCCACCGACUCGUACGUCGAACUUCCGGCCGACGUACCUCAACGAUCCGCGCAUGGAGAGCAUGGCGAGAUCCCAGCACAGGAUGGUUUAAAUUGGUCGCAAGCUCAGCAGGACAAUCUGAUCCUACCCGCCAGUACCUAUAACGGCAAACGUCAUUCUAUAAUCUCACAUAAGUCAGAUGAGUCCGCUGGCGAAGAGUUCCUUAUCCCCGUUGCUUUUGACCCUACGCCGUCAGAACACCCCUCGUCUCAAAUCACCUCUCCGGAUGCCGCAAAAUCCAUCGACGAGAGAUCUCGUGAUUAUUUUGGUCGGAACACAUCUACUGGCUCAUCAAUAGAAUCCCCAUACGAACAGCGGCCACCUCUUAAAUCCAGGACCUCCGCCUCUUCUCCAGAACGUCAGCAAACCGCAUAUCAAGAAAGGCGCCCUGAAGGCAGCGAAUCCGGUUAUAAACAACAGAAUGGUGUUUCCGACUCGGCUGAAUCAUCCGUUUCCAAUGUUCGUUCGCUGACAAAACAUGGCCGGGAGAGCACUCAUUCUCAUACUGAACCGGAGAAGUUCCAACUUAGUGAAGCUCCCAAGUCAAAGAAAUCCAGUGGGCCCAGCACUCCGCGCACCAGCAAUGAAUCGCCCUACGAACAAAGAUCUAGCUAUCAAUCUACCACAAAGGAUUCUGAUAGCACAGACUCGAAACGCAAGGAAAGGAAAUCCACCGAGCAUUCACGCCCUGCAAAUCCCAUAUCUCCAGCUCAGAUGCAGUAUCCACCUAAACGCGGCGAUUCUCUCGAGAGCAAGCUCCACCACACUAUCUCUCGGAAGGACGUCGACAUCAGAGAUAACCAGAGUCAGAUGCACGUUAAACAAAACUCAGCCACCGGUAUUGGAGCCAAAGGUAACAAUAAAACGACCACCACUGUUGACAAUAAACGGGCUAUUGAUGAUUCAACACCUGUUCCUUCACCACGCCCCCACACCUCUGGUAGUACGGCAUUGAAAGAUCAAAAUACCACGCCUCAACUUCUAGACCGGCGCUACAAUCAGGAACGGAGUGAGCCUUUGGGUGCCCGGCAAUCGGCAUCUAAUCGCGCGGAGUCUUCCCCGUCCUUGCCUCGCUGUAGUGCUGGAGGUGACUUCUCUCUGGAAGAAGACAUGGCCCGGAUCCUUGGCGACGAAAGCCAAAACCACGAGUCCUUCCUCCGUCGUGUCUCAAACUCCGUUCGGCAUGGCAGGAGCUUCAGUGAAAAGGGUUCUCGUCUCUCCAAAGAACUGAAAUGGCCUAAAUCUCCCGCAAGUGGAAAUACCUUCACUCACGAUAUUAGCAGUCCUAGUGCCACCUCCCCGGAGGCCCGUGAUGAGCUAAAUUGGUUUAAAAACGAGCUUCGAAGAGAGCGCCAGAAGAUAAUUGAGAAGGAUCAGAAGAUAGCGGAAUUAGAAGCGGCUCUUAAUGCUACUCAGAGCAUCAAAGAAGUCAAUACUGAACUACGCGAAAAGCGGUCCACAAUGGUCUUUUUGGAUGCACAGAAAGAGAUAGUAUUACGCGAACUCGAAGUACUGAGAGAGCAUAUUGCAACAGAGAAACAGAGCAAUGCUCCUCUAAAUAUAGGAAGGAUGAGCAACGCAGUGCUGCGUGAUCUAGCCGAAGCACUCCAGCGUUUGAAAGAGUCAUUCACUCCUCAGAUCGAAGAGUUGAUACAGAAACGGAACGAUCUGGUCGAAGAACUGGGAAGCCUUGGACGCCUGAAAGACAAGAGCUUUCAGGAAUUUGAACAAUUGUCGUUGAAAAAUGCUCAAUUGGCGGAACUUAAUAAUCAGAUUGUACAUCAAAUCCAAGAGCUUUACAAGGCUAACUCCAAUGCGAGCGAUGGUGGGCGUCAAGCACCUAAUGGGUUAGGAAUUUAUCACCAUAAGGAUAAAUCUACGGCUUCCGUUGAACGCGAUUUCCGGUUGGCGGGAAAUGAGCCCUCUCCAGGGGUAGUACAGCCUGAAGAAGCCGAGCCGGUUACCGUGAUCCAAGGCCCGCAAGUAGUUAGUAUUCGAAAAGGCCAGCCGAAGAAAUUUAAUUGGAAGAAAGGUGGACAGAACGUGGCAAAGGGUGUCACUAAAGGCUUGAAAGGCGCAUUCUUGUACGGCGAAGGCAAAUCCCAGCGGGAGGGCGGCAGCCAGUUCACAGAAACAUCGCCUUAUGGAAACAUCGCUUCAACAAACGACAACACUCCCGGGCCUCAACGCUCUCAGACUCAAGAUCCGUCGCGUCAGGGCUUCGGAUUUUUUGGCAAUCAGAAAAAUAAACCCUCCACUUGGAAAGCUCCAUCCAAUGGUAGCACCGCUGUUGUUAAUGAAGUUUCUGUUGGACUAUUUGGUUCCGAUUUGGAGCAGAGAUUGGAGGUUGAGAAAGGUGUUAUCCCGAGUAUCGUCACUCGUUGCAUUGAGGAGGUUGAAUUACGAGGCAUGGACGUCGAGGGCAUUUAUCGCAAGUCGGGUGGCAGUUCACAAGUCCAAAUGGUCCGCGACGGUUUCGAACGCAGUCGUGAUUUCGACAUCUCCGACCCAGACCUUGACAUUCAUUCUGUCACUUCUGCCUUGAAGCAGUACUUCCGACUACUUCCUACGCCUCUUAUCACGUAUGCUGUGUACGACUUGCUCCUUGAUGCCAACAACGUCCAGCCAGUAUCCUCGCGAAUUGAUAUCAUGCAGCACGCUCUCCAGGAAUUGCCCCGAGUCCACAGAGACGUACUAGAGUUCCUCGUCUUCCAUCUAAAGCGGGUUGUGGAUCGAGAACGGGAAAACCUGAUGACCAGCUUAAACGUGGCAGUCGUUUUCGCGCCCACCAUCAUGCGCCCGGAGAGCUUGAGUCGUGAGAUGUCCGACGUUCAGAAGAAGAACGAAACACUUCAGUUCCUGGUCGAUAACUGUCAAGAGAUAUUCAUGGGCAUGUCGGAGUAG